AUGAGAGGUGCCCUGGUGGUGCUGUCUCUCUUUUUGGGCACUGCACUCGCCCAAUGCCCACAGAUUACUUCACAAUAUUGCAGAUGUUCCCCAUCGAUGACCGAACCGGUGGCGAUCAUUUGCGAGCAAGCGGGCAGCCUACAAAACAUUAUCCAAGCUAUUCAACCAGCUAAAGGGGCACCGAUCGAUUCACUGGUGAUCAUGGACACAGCCGUUCCCUCUUUACCCGCCAACGCUUUCCAAGGAUUCACCAUUUUGCGACUCGUUCUCAAUAGGAACACUUUGAGUCAAAUCGAUGAUCAAGCUUUUAAUGGAGAGCUUUUGGAAUCACUGGUCGAGCUCGAUUUGGGAGACAACAAUCUUGGACAAAUCCCGCAAAGUGGAUUGCCAAGAUUGCUAAAUUUAAGAAAGCUCUACUUGACGAGAAAUAAGAUCACUACUCUUCAAGCAAACUCUUUUGGAGCCUAUGAAUCAAAGGAUCUUAUUGUGAAGCUUUCUUUGGCUGGAAAUCGUCUGACUGAUCGUUCGUUGGGAGACUCGACUGUGUUCAGACCGCUGAAGUUGUUGCAGGAAUUGUCCCUUGAGACGAACGCUCUGACCGCAAUCCCAUCAGCUGCUCUUGUCAAUCAGCGAUUGACCCUCACAAAUUUGAAUCUCGGAUUGAAUAACAUCACAAAUGUGCCUGUGGGUGCUUUGGAUCUCCCAGUGCUCACCUCGGUUUCUCUCGAGUUCAACGGAAUCACCGUCAUCACACCACAAGCUUUUCAGGGAGUCCCCAACUUGCAGUAUCUCUAUUUGACUGGAAACAAAUUCCCAUCGUGGCAACCAGAAAUGUACAGAUAUGUUCCCAAUCUCCGAACUCUGGGAAUCGGAGAGACGCCUAUAUCGGUCAUUCCCUCAAACGCUUUCCAGUAUAUUCCGAAUCUAUUGCGUUUGGAGAUGUCUGAGGCAGCGGUGGAUACGAUCGAGAGGGGAGCUUUCCAGAGAACACCUAGAAUUCAGGCGAUCGUUCUCAACAAGAAUCGACUUUCACAAAUCCGAGCCGACUUCUUCCAAGGUCUCAACGAUCUCUACUCGAUCGAUGUGGGCGCGAAUCGAAUCUCGAACACGGAACCCCUUGCAUUCGCCAAUCUUCCAAAUAUUCAACAUCUCGAUAUCAGCUACAAUCAACUCCAAUCGAUGCCAAACAAUGUCUUCCAGAAUUCAUUCCUUCCACAACCCGAUGAGAGAAGAGUCAUCUAUGCUUGCGGCAAUCCCUGGUUGUGCGACAGUCAACUGGAAUGGUUCCGUCAAUUGUUGAGAGAGAACCUUGAUAUCGAUAUUGAUAAGCCUGGAUGUACCUCUGUUUGUCGAGCAUCGCCCAACAAUUGCCCACCCGAUGGCACCCCACUCCGAUCUGAGGACAUCUGUCCAUUGAACAGUGAGACACCGCAAGCUUUUGUGUCAAGUCCCCUUCAAAUGGUCCCAUGGAUCAUCCUUGCCAUUAUCAUGACAAUUUUAAUGAUCGCAAUCUGCAUGUUAGCCCUCGUGAGAUAUGGUAUUUCCCAUAAGAGAAAGAAGCAAAAAGAUCAAGAAAUUGAAGAAGAUCGAUACUUGUCGACUGCGGCCUCAAUGUUUGCCGGUCCAGUCUCAACAAUCGGUCCAUUGGGUAUCGAGAGUCGACCGUACACAUCACACACGGGAUUGGAUUUGGACCUUCCUGCGGCUCACAAUCUUGACGAUCGACCUAAUAAUUAUUUGUAC